CUCCCAGAGAGGUAGGUAGCUUGGCUCCGCAAUUAUUAAACCUCCAACAACGGCCAUCGCCCAGAAGACGACAACUCCACGGCGGGCCAAUGGGUGUCACCACCACAACUACCAUUUCCACCCCCGCUUGCGCUUGCAUCGGUGAUACCGAACGUACGGGCCUGCUUAAUCCUAAGGUUCCCAAAGAUUCUUAUCACUUGGGUUACAUCAUCUACUUCACCCUCGGUGCUGGCUAUCUUCUUCCAUGGAACGCGUUUGUCACUGCCGUGGAUUACUUCUCCUACUUCUACCCGGACGAAUCUGUAGACCGGGUCUUUGCCGUGGUCUACAUGGUGGUAGGCUUGAUUUCCCUUCUGGUCGUUAUAGCAUUGGCGCACAAAUCGAACUCCUUCGUGAGGAUAAACGUGGGGCUUGCUCUAUUUGUGCUGGCUCUGCUCGCCGUUCCAUUGAUGGAUGUGUUCUAUGUGAAGGGGAAUAUUGGGGUCGCAGGUGGGUACUAUAUAUCCGUGGGGCUGGUGGGGAUUUCUGGACUUGCCGACGGGUUGGUUCAGGGCGGAGUCAUUGGAUCCGCGGGGGAGUUGCCUGACCGGUACAUGCAGGCUGUGGUUGCUGGCACUGCCGCCUCUGGCAUCCUUGUUUCUCUGCUAAGAAUCUUGACCAAAGCGGUUUAUCCACAAGACGCUCAAGGGCUGAGGAAAAGUGCAAACCUUUAUUUCAUCGUUACCAUUGCUGUGAUGGCACUGUGCAUUAUUUUUUACAACGUAGCACACAAACUCCCAGUGAUUCAAUACUACAAUCAACUUAAAGCUCAGGCAGUGAAUGAGGAGAAAGAAGAGAAGGGCAACUUGGGAACCACCAAGUUAUGGAUAUCAACCUUGGGGGACGUUUUUGGGACAAUAAAGUGGUAUGGGUUUGGCAUCCUCAGUAUAUAUAUUGUAACAUUAUGCAUUUUCCCUGGAUAUAUCACGGAGGACGUGCAUUCUAAGAUUCUCAGUGAUUGGUAUCCAGUCCUGUUAAUCACAUGCUACAAUGUGUUUGAUUUGGUUGGCAAGUCCUUAACAGCUGUUUAUACUAUUGGGGAUGCAAAGGCUGCUAUAGCUGCCUCCUUUGCUAGGUUGUUGUUUCUGCCUCUUUUCUAUGGUUGCUUGCACGGACCCGAGUUCUUUAGGACUGAGCUUCCAGUUAUGGUACUGACAUGCCUUUUGGGACUUACAAAUGGAUACCUAACUAGUGUGUUGUUCAUACUGGCUCCCAAAACUGUCCUGUUGCAACAUGCAGAGACAGCAGGGCUGGUUCUAGUGCUGUUCUUGGUGAUUGGGCUGGCUGUUGGUUCUAUCUUAUCCUGGUUCUGGGUCAUAUAGUGUUAUGGGAGUUCUUUUCACUUUUAGUUCCGUCUUUAGUCUCUGACUAUUGUGACAAAUUCAUUUGGUCCUUCGACUAGUGACACUUGUUCCUCCACUUAGUAUUAUGUCGAGAGUCAUUACAAGUGUUAUCACAAUAGUCGAGGUAUCAAAAGUGUGUGAGAUAAAAUGUUACUGACACAGUAAUGGGAGGGAAGUGGGAAAAACUGAGGUCCCUGUCAAUUGUAAAAUAAAUGUCCUUCCAUUGGUGUAGUCAGGAUGAAUGUAUCUUUAUUUCCCUUGGGUUUUAGUACACAUGUAUGUGCCAAUUGUUCUCUUAUACUUUGUACUACUUAUUAGACUUGGAAACUUCAUAGUUCAUAUAUUCAUAUACCAGGUUAUGAUAACCUCGUGGCGGGGUGUUAAUUAG